AUGAUGUUGCAACUCAACGUAGAUAUACUUUUCCUAAUAUUUGAAGAAUUAAAAAAUGACAUGAAAUCCUUCUAUUCAUAUCUUUUAGUUAACAAAACUUGGUGUAUAAUGACGGUACCAAUAUUAUGGAGAGAUCCUAAUAUAAUUUCUUUAUCUGACGAAGCAAAAAGUAAACUAUUUGAUACAUAUCAACAUCCUUUAUUCAACUAUAUUAGUUUCUGGAAACAUUUAGAUCUACGUUUUAUAGAAGGUCUAAUGUUUCAAGGAAAUAUAAAAGAGUCUAACAUUUUUAUUAUAAAAAAUGAGAUAAUGAAAUUGUUUAUUAAUGAAAAUACAAGAAUUAUUCAUCUUUAUAUAUCACGAAAUUUUAAUUACAAAGUACAUAGUAUUCCAGGAGCUGAACAUUGCCUUUCAGGACUUGAAUCCUUUAGUUGUCGUAGCUGUGUUGAUCAAAGUAUAUUAGAAGGAUUAUCCAGUAUAUGUAAAUCAAUUAAAAGACUCAAAUUUUUUGUUGAUUCUUCUAACGUUAAUAUUAAUUUUGGGAUAAUUAAAUUAAUUGAAGCCCAGAAAAAUUUAAAUGAAGUCUAUUUAUUCAAUUAUUCGGUAACUAAAUCAUUUGAAGGAUUAAUUGAAAAAUCCUUAAUUAAACAUGCAGAUACUAUCCAAUAUUUGAAUAUUAGAUCGGCGCCUGUUACGAAAUUUCUUUCAUACCUUGUAAAUUUAUCAAGUUUAGAAAUUGAAUUCAUGGAUCCAUGGAAUAAUCUAAAUAAUUUUGAGAAUUUUUCGGUACCUAAUUUAAAAAUUCUAAGAACAAAACAUGUUCCAUUUAAUAUUUUAGUAAGUUUAAUUGAAAAUACAAAAGGUCAUCUUACCGAAAUUAAUACAUUUUAUAAUUUUAAUUAUGAAAUUGUUAAUACUGAAUCAAUUAUUCAAGCAAUUUAUAAAAAUUGCCUAAAUUUAAAAUAUCUUUUAUUCUCAUCAAAUAAUUCUAAUUCAAUAAUUCCAGAAUUUGAAACUUUAUUAAUUAAAUGUCAAUUUUUAAAUGAAUUAAUUCUUCUUAUACACGAUCAUAAUGAUUAUGCAUUUAGUUGGGAUAAAUUAUUUAUAAUAUUGGCUAAAUCGUCACCAAUCAGUUUAUUAAGGUUCAAAUUUUAUUCCAUUAGUAUGUUUAAUUUGAAAAACAUAGCAUUAUUUUUUUAUAAUUGGAAAAAUAGGAACCCUAUGACAUUAGGAAUAUGUAACAAUAACUCUUAUUUUAAUAAGAGGAGUAAAAACAAACCUUUGGAAGAUUUAUGUGAAAAAUAUAAAUUAAAAGGAAUAAUUAAAAAAUACAUCAUUGAAUAUUCUAAAUUAGUAGAUUAUAAAGAUUUUACGGCAUUUAAUUAA